AUAAUUUAUUUCAUUGAAAAAAAACCAAAUAUUUGAAAUAUUAUUGGUCUAUUAUUUAGUUCAUUAGUUGUUAAGUCGUACGAAAAAAAAAUAUAGAAAAUGAUUGAUAAACUUUGAUCAGUUCAGUCAAUCGGACUACGGAAUUUCGAAUAGUCGAGUUAAGUUCAAACUCAUUGUUAUUUGACCGUAAAAAAACGCAAAGGCCACCCAUGUCCUGAACGUACAUUCGGAAAAUUGAUAAUUAUAUGCACACAUUGACUGCAUUUGCAAUAAAAACAAACUUCUCAAUUGAUCUUAGCCUUAGGAGAUUCAUUUUUCACCAUCUGAUGAGAUUUAUAACUUCUAUUGAAAAAACAAUACGAUAUAGAAAGAUGGAGAAUGUAUCAGAAACACAAGAAAACUGAAAUUUAGCUAGAGUUGUAUAUAAUACUCCAUACCACAUGUUUGGGGAAACUUUUAAAUUGCAACACCAACAUACUUUUGUACAAAAAGAACACUAUUCAAUGAAAUUUGGGUGUCAAGAGCUGAAAAUUGUGGAAUAAUGAUAGAAAUAAAUAAUAUUAUUUAUCGAUUAGUCAUUAAUUCAAAAAGUUUGAUUUUAGACUCAGGACAACUUGGAAAACAAUUUUUGGGAGAAGCUAACAGAAAGAGACUAAAUAAUACAAAGAGGGUUGCAUCAUUUUCAACAACAUCAAUAAAUAGAUAUAAAAAGUCAAGGCCUGUAGGAAAUUAUGGUUUAGCAAAAGAAUUAUCUGAAAAUUUUGAAAAACAAAAAAUUGAUUUUAUAAACAAAUUAAGAGAAAUUGAUAAAGAUAAACUAGAAAAAGAUACUAGAGAACAAGCAAAAUCUCCUCUAUGGUUUUCGGAAAGGAGAAAAAGAAUAACUGCUUCUAAAGUAGGAAAAGUUUGUAAAAUGCGACCAUACACAUCAUGUAAAAAAACAGUUCACGAACUACUGUAUGGAGAAUUAAAUUAUAAAAUAAAAUCUGUAGAGUAUGGGCGUAUGAUGGAAACGGUGGCCAAGAAAAAGUUUGAAGAAAUAUUUAAACUUGCUAUUAAGCCUGUAGGUUUAUGUGUGGAUAAAAAUGAUCCUUAUAUAGCAGGAAGUCCAGAUGGUCUUAUUGAAGAUGAUUCAAUUAUUGAAAUUAAAUGUCCCUUUUCGGCUAUAACUGAAGUUAAUAUGUUAGAAGCAGUUAAAAGUGGAAAGGUAUCAUUUUGCCAAAUUGAUGACAAAAAAUGUGUAACAUUAAAAACCAACCAUGACUAUUAUUAUCAAAUCCAAACUCAGUUACAUGUUACAAAUAGAACAAAAUGUUACUUUUUUAUUUUCACAGAUAAUUGGUCUUAUAAUAUAGUUAUUUUAUAUGAUGUCAACUUUUGGAACACAAAAAUAAAGUUGCAGUUAGAUUUAUUUUAUAACGAAUGUUUACUGCCUGAAUUGAUCAGUCCGCUAUUUGGCAAACGUCUUUUAGUAAGCGAUAUAAGAGAUCCGGUUAGAAUUUUGAGAGAACAGUAUACAAGAAAAAAAUAGUAGGUACUAAAGUAACUCUACCUUUACAAUAUAUUAGAACAAAAAAAUUCUAACUAAAUUCUGUUGUGUUGCUGAAAAAAUACCAAACACCAUUUUUGAAAAUUAAUUUUUUGUCAGUUGUUUUUAAAUUGAUUAUAUGCAAUUUAAUGAGUUAUUAUUAUAUAUUAGUAAAUAGUUGUUUUAUUAUACAAUUAUGUGAUAAAAUCCGAGAAUAUUGUAGCCGACAUUAUUUCAGUCGAAAAUUUUUCAUCCACAAUAUGUAAUGGGUAUAUGUGUUACGUGUUAAUUUUUCGAAUGGUAAAUGUACAUGUUAAUAUUAUUGUGAUAAUAGCACAGACCAUGGCUAAAUAGCUAAAUAUUAAAUGGCACAAACUAUAUGAAAACAGAUAGCUCACUCGGGAUGUAAAAAAAAAUUUAAAAAUUAAUACCACGACAAAAUUAGUGAGGCCAUAAUACAAGCAUAAAAUUUUGUUUGGUUCAUGAAAAAUAAUGUCCUUAUCAUACCUGGAGCCAACAUUGAAAUUCACAUUCACUAACCUGUUUAACCUUGCAUUCUUUAUGUUCGGUUAAUCCUAACCUCUUAUACCCCCUUAGAUUAUUUUGGCCUUUAGUUGCUGUUUGUGUGAUUUCCAUGUGACUUGACUUAUUAGUUGAUCAUUGACCAAAUAUGUAGGCUUUAAAAUAUUUUUUUAAUGUGAAAUUUAGUGUUGUGAUACAAAAUUUAAAAAAUGGACUGUAAAAAACAGGAAUGCGUUGCUCUGUACAAUUUCGUAAAAUUAAAGCAAGGGCUAGGAAUGCAAGUUUUUUCAAUAUCCAAAAGACGAUCGUCUAGCAUUAUGGAUAAAAAAAUUGUGGUACAGGAAGUCUGACUGAAGAACUAUCAAACAAAAAUAGUUAUAAAGUAUGUAGGGACCACUUUGUAGAUUCAAUGUUUUUUU